CGCGCUCUCGGCUCCCGUCCGGUCAGCCUUUGGGUCGGGGUUUUCGUUCGUGACUCCCGUUUCAGUUCUGCGGGUGCGGCCGCGAGUCGGACUGUCCCCGACUUACAAUGGUUCAUCAUAAAGAUUUCUCAACUUUACAAUGGUGCGAAAGUGAUAUGCGUUCAGUAGAAACCCUGCAUCGAAUUGGGAUCUUUCCCUGGGGCUAGUGAUGUGUGGUACAAUUCUGUGUCGAUGCUGGGCAAUGGCAGUGAGCCAUAGUUCCUUGUCAGCCACACAAUCACGAGGGUAAGCAACUGAUACUCUACAGUGUAUUGUGUUGCCAGCAUCUUUGGAUAUCGUGUUCUGUGUUUGCACAUCCCAUCAUGUCUUCAAAACACCUGUCUUUAUCUUCUGCUUCUGGUGGAAAGAAGAAGAGGAAGGCAAUUACUCUUGAGAUGAAACUCAAGAUAAUUGCCCAGCACGAAGGUGGCAAGCCAGUGAUGGUCAUUGCACGUGAGUCAGGACUUUCACAAUCCACGGUCUCAACCAUUUUAAAGGAUAAGAAGCGAAUCAGUGAUGCAGUGAAGUCAUCAGCAUCAAUUAAAUCCACUGUCAUCACGAAGAAAAGAGCUGGGCCAAUUGAUGAUAUGGAAAAAUUACUUGUUGCAUGGAUGGAAGAGCAGACACAGAAGCGCAUACCACUUAGCCUGCUGACAAUCCAGGCUAAGGCAAGAAGUCUUUUCAAUAUGCUGAAAGAGCGUGCUGAUGACCCUACCUAUACACAGAUGUUUACAGCAAGUCAUGGGUGGUUCCAACGCUUUAAAAAGCGUCAUAAUUUUCAUACAGUGAAGGUCAGUAAUGAAGCAGCAAAUGCUGAUAUCGAAUGUGCUGAGGCUUUUAAGGAGGAACUGCAUAGGAUAAUUAUGGCUGAAAAAUAUUUACCAGAACAAAUAUUUAAUGUUGAUGAGACAAGCCUGUUCUGGAAACGUAUGCUGGAGUGCACAUACAUUCAUCAAGAGUCCAAGACAGUACCAGGAUUCAGAGACCGUGUAACUCUGCUUUUGGGUGGAAAUGUUGCAGGAUUUAAAUUAAAGCCUUUUCUAAUCUACCACUCAGAGAAUCCCAGAGCAUUCAAGAAUGUGAGCAAGCACAUGCUUCCUGUUCAUUAUCGACAUAACAAGAAAGCGUGGAUGACACCAGCAUUGUUUGAAGACUGGUUUUUGAACUGUUUCAUUCCACAGGCAAGAGAAUAUUUUAGGCAAAACAACAUCGCAUUCAAGAUUCUUCUGAUUUUAGACAAUGUUCCAGGACAUCCACAACACAUUGGUGACAUGCAUCCUGCUGUAAAAGUGGUGUAUUUGCCGCUGAACACAACCACACUCAUUCAACCAAUGGAUCAAGGAGCAAUCGCUGCAUUCAAAGCAUAUUAUUUACGCCAGACUUUUAUGCAGGCUGUUGAAGCAACUGAAUCUGGACAAACACUCCGAGAGUUUUGGAAAGGUUUUAACAUUCUAAAUGCUGUUCAGAACAUUGCUGCAGCAUGGGAAGAAGUCACGCAGCAGUGCAUGAAUGGCGUUUGGAAGAAAGUGUUGAAGACAUAUGUGAACACAUUUAAAGGCUUUAACAAAGAUCCUGCUGUUGAUGACAUAGUGAGUAAUAAGAUAUUAGUGCUUGGGAAACAGCUAGAAUUGGACAUGGAUGAAGAGGAUAUACGUGAACUUGUUGGCAUUGAGACUGAAGAGAUUUCUGAUGAGGAGCUGAUUGAACUGGAGGAAGAAAGAAGGGAAGAAGCUGAAGCAGAGAAAGGAGUGGUACCUGAGGCGCCAAAAGAGUUCACAACAAAGAAACUGGCCGAGGCAUUUGCUACUAUCAACAGUGGCUUACGGAUGUUAGAAGAAAUGGACGUCAGUUACGAGAGAUUUGCAAGAGCACACAGGCAGAUACAGGAUGCUCUUGCUUGCUAUAGAGAAAUAUAUAAUGAGAAGAAGAGACAAAGUAUACAGUCAAACCAUGAUAUCUUGAAAAACAUUGUGUCUGCUAAACCAUCAACAGGUGUCCAAGCUCCAGUGUCUUCUACAAGCGACACUCUAACCUCAUCAGAAAAGAGAAAAAUUGAUGACCCUGUUGCAGUAGCGUCCACAUCAUCCAGCAAUUAAUUUUAAUUCAGUGUGUCAAACGUUCUUCAGGCCCAAUGUACUUUCAGCUGUGUACCUUCAUGGUUGCACGGCUGUCAUCCAUCUCCUUUCUCCUGAAGAUGCAUCCUGAUUUAUCUCCACACUUGCACACUGAGGAAUGCAACAUCUUGAUUAACUUGCUUAAAGAAUGUCACAAAAAUCACAACAUUCUGAAAUUUUUUGGCCAUUGCAACGAUCUUGAUCGGGAAAUGAGAAAAUGUUUGAAGAAUGAGUAUAUGCAGAAGAGGAUGAAGAGCAGGGAGCAUGGCAAUGCGAUGAGAAAGAGACUUUCUAAUGCUCCAGAGGAAUCUGAAAAAUAAAUCAUGUUUUCACUGAAUGCCUGGCAGAGAGAAGACCUGAGACUCCAGUUUGAGAGCCAAAACAGUCCUCUCUCAUUUGGUCUCAAGAAUCCUCUGACUGGAAAGUGCCCUGUGAGAAACAGAACCAUGGAGAAACACGAAAACCUGGAUUCUGAAUAUCUGUCGGGCAGAGUCUUCAGUACCAUCUCGCUUCUGUUGACAAACCCAGCUUCCACCAUGUUUCUUUCCUUUGUCUACAGCCAGUUAAUAUUUGAGUAACUUAUCUCCUUCAAUAAAAUAUUUUCUUUGAAUCAUUGUUUCUCCUUUGUCUUGGACUCUCCUGGAAUUAGGGCAAAAUGGAGCUGUUUGCCUUCCCAUUUUCACAAUGUGGCAAUUACGAAGCAUAAACAUUGAAGACACAAGCUGGAGCAACAAGAAUUUUGGUGGUAAUCCUUGCCACACUGACUAUAUGAAAAUGCUCCAUGUUACUGUUUUUAAAGAGCUGUUUUCUAAAAUAUCGAAUGUUUAUGAUUAACAUUAAUAAAACUGCAU